AUGCUCAUGGCCAAAUGCCGCACCCUGCAGGAGGAGAAGGAGGAGAUUUGCAGGGAGGCUGCUGAGGGCAAGAGCUACAGGAGUAUCAACAAGGAGGCAGAGAAGCGUCUUUCCGAGGCCCCAAAGAUGCACUUUGACCUGCUUUUUUUUCCCCCGGCUGACGCACUCCGUUUCCCCUCCUACUGCUCCGCUCUGUGGCAGAACUACAGGAAGCUACAGGAGUAUGUGGAUGAGAUCAACGAGGAGGCGGAGAAGCUUGAGGAGACGGUGUACAAGCUGCAGAGGCAGCUGCAGCUGAGAGACGCCGAGGUCCAAGAGCUCUCACGUUUCAAGGCAGGCGUGUUGGAGGCUGAGAGAUCCCAGCAGCACUUCCCCCCUCCGCACUCCCAGCAGCAGCAGCAGCAGCCGGGACAGGGCAUGCAGAGGGGGGGGUCGCUGAAGCGAGAGAGGGAGCGAGAGCGGGAGCGGGACAGGCGGCAGGGGCAGCCGCAGGGGCAGGGUAUGCAGGGGUCGCAGGAAGGGUCCGAGGCUGAGGAUCGGGACGGGCAGGGGUUUGUGAGGGAGGGUCGGGAGCGGCACGGGUUUAGGCGGGAGUUUAGCCGGCAGCUUUCGGGGAGGCAGCACCGGGGGCAUGAGGAGGAGGAUGAGGAGAGGGGCUCGUAUGGUGAGGAGCAUCAUAGGACGAUGCAUCACCAUUUUGGGGGGAGGGAGAGACAGAGGGAGGGGUCGAUUGGGGGUGGAGGGGAGAGUGGUGCGUAUGGAGGGGAGAGGAGAGAUGGGAGAAGGCGGGAGGGCAAGAGGAGCUGGAGGGAUCGGUCGAUGGAGAGGGAGAUUGAGGGGGAAGGGAGGGGGCGGCGUGCACCUUCUCUCAGUCCGUGA